GGCGCGGCGUUAGGCGAGCUAGGUGGAGGUGUCGGGACCGCGGGGCCACGCGGAGGUCCGCUUGGGCGAGAGGCCCAGCGGGAACGGCCGGGACAGAUUUCGGUCGGCGCCGCCCCUCCCCCCUGGCUCUGCGAUGACGGCGGAGUCACCCUUUGGAAUCCUGUGGAUUUGCCAGUGCCAGUGCCAGUGCGAGCUGGCGAGGACCUUUGGACGCUCGGGAUGCGGCCCGAUGCUUUGUUGAUCCCCUUGACGUAGUUGGACGAUCCUCCCCAAGAGGGGCGCACCGUGAAAAUUUUGACCAGAGUCCUUUGAGAAGAACGUUCAAAUCUAAAGUUCUGGCACACUACCCUCAGAGCCUAGAAUGGAGCCCUUUUGAUCAAGAUGCAGUAAAUAUGCUGUGCAUGCCUAAAGGGCUGUCUUUCAGAACGCAAGCUGACAGUAAAGAACCUCAGUUCCACUCAUUUAUAAUUACCCGGGAAGAUGGUUCUCGAACCUAUGGCUUUGUUCUCACUUUCUAUGAAGAAGUUACAAGUAAGCAGAUCUGCACAGCAAUGCAGACGCUGUACCAGAUGCAUAACGCUGAGCAGUACAGCAGUGUGUAUGCUUCGUCCUCUUGCAGUAUGGACUCCCUGGCGAGUAGUAUUGAUGAGGGAGAUGCAACCUCUCUCUUGAAACUCCAGCGGUACAACUCUUACGACAUCAACAGAGACACCUUGUAUGUUUCAAAAAGUAUAUGCCUGAUCACGCCUCUGCCUUUCAUGCAAGCCUGUAAGAAAUUCCUCUUCCAGCUUUACAAGGCGGUUACCUCACAGCAGCCACCACCCUUACCCCUUGAGAGCUACAUCCACAAUAUCCUCUAUGAGGUACCCCUUCCACCUCCUGGGAGGUCGCUGAAAUUUUACGGUGUUUACGAACCUGUCAUCUGCCAGAGGCCUGGGCCCAAUGAACUCCCUCUUUCUGACUACCCUCUUCGAGAGGCCUUUGAACUCCUGGGAUUGGAGAACCUAGUUCAAGUGUUUACCUGUGUUCUUUUAGAGAUGCAAAUCCUUCUCUACUCACAAGAUUAUCAGCGCCUGAUGACCGUGGCAGAAGGCAUUACCACACUCUUGUUCCCAUUUCAGUGGCAGCAUGUAUAUGUACCCAUCCUCCCUGCCUCUCUGCUGCAUUUCCUUGAUGCCCCUGUCCCUUAUCUGAUGGGUCUUCAAUCAAAAGAAGGAACUGACCGGUCUAAAUUAGAACUUCCACAAGAGGCUAAUUUGUGCUUCGUGGAUAUUGACAACCAUUUUAUUGAAUUGCCUGAAGAAUUCCCACAAUUCCCCAAUAAAGUAGAUUUUAUCCAAGAGCUGUCUGAAGUUCUUCUCCAGUUUGGGAUUCCUCCUGAGGGCAGCCUACAUUGUAGUGAGAGUGCCACCAAACUGAAGAAUAUGGUUUUGAAAGAUUUGGUUAAUGACAAGAAGAAUGGCAACACCCCCACCAAUAACAUCAGCAUGUAUGAGUUAAUGAAGGGCAAUGAAACCAUAGCCCGCCUCCAGGCUCUCGCCGAUAGGACUGGUGUGACUGUGGAAAAAAUUGACCUCUCAGCUUCUUUGAAUGAAAAAGAAAAGGAUUUCAAAUUACAGUGUGAAGAGGCAGAACUGAGGGACUACCAGCUCAAUGUACAACUGCGAGAGGUCUUUGCCAGCCGCUUUAUACAGAUGUUUGCAGAUUAUGAAGCUUUUGUGAUUCAGACUGCCCAGGACAUGGAGUCCUGGCUGACCAACCGGGAACAGAUGCAGAACUUUGACAAAGCCUCUUUCCUCUCGGACCAGCCUGAGCCUUACCUGCCGUUUCUUUCACGCUUCAUUGAAACACAGAUGUUUGCCACCUUUAUCGAUAAUAAAAUCAUGUCUCAAUGGGAAGAGAAAGACCCUCUGCUUCGGGUCUUUGACUCUCGGAUUGAGAAGAUACGAUUGUAUAAUGUAAGGGCGCCUACACCCACCCUGCGGACAUCUAUAUAUCAGAAAUGCAACAGUUUAAAAGAAGCAGCCCAGUCAAUUGAGCAAAGACUGAUGAAAAUGGAUCACACUGCAAUUCACCCACAUCUACUUGAUAUGAAAAUCGGUCAAGGCAAAUAUGAGCAAGGGUUCUUCCCAAAGUUACAGUCCGAUGUCUUGGCAACAGGACCAGCCAAUAACAAUCGCUGGGUGAGUCGAAGUGCCACGGCACAGCGCCGGAAAGAACGCCUUCGCCAGCAUUCUGAACACAUUGGACUGGACAAUGACUUACGGGAGAAAUACAUGCAAGAGGCACGAAGCUUAGGAAAAAACAUGAGACAACCAAAACUGUCAGAUCUCUCACCUGCUGUGAUUGCACAGACCAACUGGAAAUUUGUAGAAGGCUUAUUAAAAGAAUGCAGAAUGAAGACAAAACGCAUGUUGGUAGAGAAGAUGGGACACGAAGCCGUGGAACUGGGCCAUGGAGAAGCCAACAUCACUGGCUUGGAAGAGAAUACCUUGAUUGCUAGCCUCUGUGACCUGCUGGAGAGGAUAUGGAGCCAUGGCUUACAGGUCAAGCAGGGGAAGUCUGCCUUGUGGUCACAUUUAAUUCAGUUUCAGGACAGAGAGGAGAAACAAGAGCAUCUCACAGAUUCACCAGUUGCCCUUGGACCAGAAAGAAGAAAAUCUGACUCAGGAAUUAUGUUACCAACACUCAGGGUCUCCCUUAUUCAAGACAUGAGGCAUAUUCAAAACAUGAGUGAGAUCAAAACUGAUGUUGGCAGAGCCCGGGCAUGGAUAAGAUUGUCUCUAGAAAAGAAGCUUUUGUCACAGCAUCUCAAGCAGCUGCUUUCUAACCAACUGCUGACCAAGAAGCUAUACAAGCGUUACGCUUUUCUGCGCUGUGAAGAAGAAAGAGAGCAGUUCCUCUACCAUCUGCUUUCCCUCAAUGCUGUGGACUAUUUCUGCUUUACCAGUGUGUUCACCACCAUUAUGAUUCCUUAUAGAUCAGUGAUCAUUCCAAUUAAAAAGCUGAGCAAUGCGAUCAUUACAUCAAACCCGUGGAUCUGUGUUUCAGGAGAGCUAGGAGACACAGGAGUAAUGCAGAUUCCAAAAAACCUGCUUGAGAUGACUUUUGAGUGCCAGAACCUGGGAAAGCUCACUACAGUUCAGAUUGGCCACGAUAACUCCGGACUGUUAGCUAAAUGGCUAGUGGAUUGUGUCAUGGUCAGAAAUGAAAUCACAGGACAUACAUAUAGAUUCCCAUGUGGGCGGUGGCUAGGGAAAGGCAUCGAUGAUGGAAGCCUGGAAAGAAUUCUUAUUGGAGAAUUGAUGGCAUCAGCUUCAGAUGAAGACCUGGGAAAACAGUGUCGGACUCCACCACAGCAGAAAUCUCCCACAACAACCAGGAGACUGAGUAUCACGUCACUAACUGGAAAGACCUCCAAACCCAGUGCUGGACAGAUCCAGGAAGGAAUUGGAGAAGCUGUGAACAAUAUUGUGAAGCACUUUCACAAACCUGAAAAGGAGAGAGGAAGCCUUACAGUGCUGCUGUGUGGAGAAAAUGGCCUGGUUGCUGCACUGGAACAGGUUUUUCAUCACGGGUUCAAAUCUGCCCGCAUCUUUCACAAGAAUGUCUUCAUCUGGGACUUCGUAGAGAAAGCAGUGGCUUAUUUUGAAACCACUGGCCAGAUUUUAGACAAUGAAGAUGAUGUACUCAUUCAGAAAUCAUCUUGCAAAACCUUCUGCCACUAUGUGAAUGCUAUUAAUACUGCACCCAGGAGCAUUGGGAAGGACGGCAAAUUCCAGAUUCUAGUUUGCCUUGGAACAAGGGAUCACCUGCUCCCACAGUGGAUUCCAUUGCUAGCUGAGUGUCCUGCCAUUACCCGAAUGUAUGAAGAGAGUGCACUCCUCCGAGACCACAUGACUGUCAACUCCCUUAUCCGAAUUCUGCAGACCAUUCAGGAUUUCACCAUAGUCUUGGAAGGGUCUCUUAUCAAAGGAGUAGAUGUGUAAACCAGCUGACAAGAAACUCUUCAGCCUGCCCCUGGCUCCUGAACCUCCCCGGACUAUGGGACCUGUCUGCACUGGUCUGACAAUUGUGAGCACUGCCUGGGCAGUGCACCGGAAGCCCAGUUUGAACAGUCUCCACUCUGCACACAAGGCAAAGUGCUGUAUUGUAGUUCAUUUGAACCUGAAAUUUAGUAUAAAACAGAGUAUUUUCAUGUGUUAGAUGUGUGUAAAUAUGCUACCUUUAAGAAAUUAUAUUACUCUAAUAAGAUACUUUUCUUAGAUUGAAUAUUCCUGUGACUUAAAACAAGUAGCUUAAAAAACGUUGGGGGUGGGGAGAGUGGUGCUAGUCAGGAAGAAGCCAGUCAACGUGUAAAUUACAUGCCCAGUAGGGCCUCUUUUUCCCCUCCAGGUAUCUCAAAGAAACCCAGAAUGCACUGUUCUGAAGCAGCCAUCCUUCCUGGAGUUCCAUCCUGUGUGUGGUGAAUGUACACAGCUUUACAUACUAUCAGCGGUCCUCAUUGUACCUUUAAGUUAUAAACCAUUGAGUACGUUUGAAUUAGAGUCACUUCUCCAGUUCGGUGAAAAUUUUUCAAUUGUUACAAGUAAAAGAUAUAAUUAAUUUAAAUACCAGCCCCCAGCAGGACUUGGUGGUUCACGCCUUUAGUCACAGCACUGGGGGAAGGCAGAGGCAGGUGGAUCUUUCUGAGUUGCAGGCCAGAAUACAGACAGACACACAAAGCAAAUACCAGAUCCCAAGAGCCUUGAUCAUUGGAAAGAAAACAAGAAGCCCUGAGAAAUGUGUUCAAGUGUGAUUACAGCUUCUUUAAUUUGGAAAGAUUAGCCUGAAGACGCUUCAUUCUUGGAAUUUUUGUUACUGUUGUUUGAGAAUACCUUGGAGAUAACAAAUUUCAGUAUUAGCCGUAUAGUCAUAAUAACCUCAAAACAAAAACAGUGUGACUCUGCACUUUUCACUUGGCCAUCUAAACUCUAACCAGAGUUAGACUAGCAACCCUGCCUUUGUUAGGUUCCAGCCACCCCCUCUGCCUGCCCCAUCCCCCUCAGGAAAUGGAAGGAAUGUGGGAGAAGGAGGAGGUCUCUGUGUGAUUGGAAUGCUUUUGUGAAAGUAUUUGUUGGCCAUGAUAAUGCAAAUAACAGGGCCAGAGAGAAAGAAUGAAGCCUUUCUGGGUGUUUCAGGGCAAUGUUAGGCAAUUGGCACAGAAAAGUUAAGAGCCACUGCAGCGGACCGAGAAGUGAAAUUGAGACAACAAUUUAGAAAGAUCUAGAGUUAGAACUUUCUAGUUUGACAGUCUAUUUUUUAAGCUACAUAAAGAUGUUAGCAAUUGCAUAGGCCUUUAUCCUCUGGUAAGUAAAGUCGUAGAACUCUAAUUAUGCACUGAUACCCUGUUGGUAGCAAAAUUGCCUCCUAGGAGCUCCAGGUUUAUUCCCCGUUGCUGCUGAAAAGCAGAGCCACAGGCUCAGAGGAGCCUUGCACAGUCUAAGGGUCCUGGGCUCUUGCCAACAGUGUUGCUUUCCUUGUUUACUAUAGGAAGAGACUAAUAGACCAGGGGCCUCAGGACACUGACUGUUGAGCCAAGGAACAGCUCCCGGGAAUGUGAACAGAAAGGGGCUCCAGAUGACCUGGGUAAACCAGAGGUUUGUUUACCUAAAAUAAAAGUGUGUCUAAAGUGGUAUGAGACUACUCUAGAAACACAAACCUGCUAUGGGAAACAUCCAGAAGCUAUAAAUGGUCCAUUCCCGGAUUUUAUUGUUCUCUUUUCCCAUAGGGCCAUCAUCCUGACACUGAGCACUGGAUAGAUGUUUAAGUAAGUAUGGCACAAUUGAGCCACCUAGUGCAGCUUUUUCAUUUUAUAGGCGGGAACAGAGUCAAUGAGAUCACAUUCUUGCCCUUUCCCCCUUGACAACACAGGGUUUGGAGUUUAUGCUUUUUACCACACCAGACUGCAUGGAACCAACCUUCAAGGCAUUCUUACUUAAGAGUAUUUCUUCUCUUGAGUCUUCAUUCACCUGUACAGAUGUGAAGCAAUAUUCCUGUUAUACUUAGUAAGGACUGAUACGUAAAUUAAAUUGUUUUGUUGUUGGUUUUGUGUGUAAAACAGGAUCUCUCUGUGUAGCUCUGACCAGGCUGGCCUGAAACUCAAGAGAAUUUACCUGCCUCUGCCUCCUGAAUGAGGGGAAUAUUCAAGUGAGUGCCCUUCCCAACAAACUGUUCUUAACUCUUUGUUGUUGUUUGUUUUUGUUGUUGUUUUGGUGUUUUUUUUCCUUCAAGACAUGGUUUCUCUGUGUCACUUUGGAGCCUUUCCUUGCAUUCACUCUGUAUCACUCUGUAGACUAGGCUGGCCUUGAACUCUUGGAGAGCCUCCUGUGUCUGCCUCCCGAGUGCUGGGACUAAAGUCAUGCGCCACCACACCUGACUUAUUCUUAUCUUCUUAGACAUUACAUCUGUUGUAAAAACUGCAUUCCUGCUUGUGUUUAAAACUGUUACUUAAAACGUAAUACCAAAAAAAAAAAAAAGUAACCUGUAAAAGUUACCAUGUGGUAUCAUUUGGAUGAAUUAGUGAAAUGACUGAUUAAAACUACCAUACAUCCUCUCAAAGGCUGGUCUUACCCCUUGGUGUAGCACCUGCUCACAGAAGUGGGCCUUUUGGGAGCUGCUUGACUGGCCCAUAAGCUAAUUCCUGUUGCAAAUGAUAAUGAAGUAAGACUUAACCAUGUGGCUUAUAACAAACUGAAUCAAUAUGAGACAUAUUUACAUCACCACAAAAGCAGAUUCCUCAGAACAAAUGUAAGGAUUCAGUCAUUAUGCUGGCCUGUCACCUGGCAGAAUGCACUCCGGCAGUGCCCUGGUGAGCCCAGGUGCAAAGGACCCCUUUAAAAGAAAGAUCCCUGCCCACUUAUACUCUCUUUCCUGCUGUUCCUCUGGGGCAGACAGGACUUUUCCUGUCCUCUCUGAGUCUGUGUCGCUUCACCUCUUUUUCUCUUUCCUUCCCCCUUCCUUCCCAUUUCUAAUAAAACUUCUCACUUCUAUCUGACUGACAUGUUUGUCCCCUACCUCUGUCACCCUCACCUGCCAUGGAGUCUGCCAAGGUCCCCCACGCACUUUGUCAUAAUAACCAUCCAAGCUGACUUUGUAAGGACCAUACAGCAGAUACUCUUCUUGCUGUGCAUUUUUGUUUAAACUAGUAUUGUGCUUUGGAAUCGCCUCAAAGUAAAUGAAAAUCAAAACUGCUUCUUUUGCAUGUGUGAUUGUCCAAAUCACUUUAAAGCAAAUAUCUGGGACCAUAGUUAAUAUUCCACAUAAUAAGUUGGAAAUAACUUGUUUUAAAGUUAAAUUUGCAAGGCUGAAGUGAUGGCCAAACAGUUAAGAGCACUGCCAACUCUUGCAGAGGACCCAGGUUCAGUUACCAGCACCUACAUGGUGACUUAUAACUACCUGUUACUAUAGUUGCAGGAGAUCCAUGCCUUCUUCUGACCUCUUUAGGCACCCAGUAUGGUGAACAUAAAUACAUGUAAGCAAAACACUCAUAAGAUAAAAACGUUCAUAAAUUUUUUUUAAAUUAUUAAAUUUGCCAUGUCUGGGGAUGUAGUUCAGUGGUGGAGUGUUUAUGUACUGUGUACAAAACCUGGGGUUCUAGCCUCAGCAGUCAAAAAUAAAAUUGCCAAAAUCUCAACUCCUUCAAAAGCUUAUUUGCCAAGUAUUUUUCUUGAGUACUAAAACCUCUAAGCUCAACCUUCAAGUCACCUUUAUGGUAGCUUUACAAUGGUUUGCAUGUUACAUGUGAAAAGCUUUCUAGAAUGCUGUGGGAGGCAGGGUGUUUCUCAGCGCCUUAGCAUGACUGAGAUACUCUGUGUGAGUAGGAAAAGUAGGUUACCAACCUGACCCUGUUUCCCACUGGGAUACCUAAAAUUUGCAAAGGUUGAAUUUCAUCUAAAAUUCAUUUUAAAUGUUUGUACUUAGUGUACCUUUUCUAGCUCUGUGGGGUUUAUUUUAACAUGACUUUUUAAGAAAUUAUUCUAAUGAGCUUCUAUAAGACUAUGAGUAACACUAAAUUCCUCCUAUUUUUUGGACAGUGAGCACAUAUAUAUAUAUGUAAUAUGUGUAGCAUGUGUUAAUAUCUCUAAGAUAUUUUAAAAGAUGAGGCAGUAGACAAGGACAUCAGAUCCCCGGGAAAAUAUUUGACGGCAUUAGGAAUAGAGCUCUUCAUAAUGUGAAAUAUCUUCUAAGAAUAGUGGCUUUCCCAUAGAUUUUUUUAAUUUUUUAUUUAGGGAAUUGUAUUUUUCUCUGAGGUCUACAGAGGCUACUCUUUUCAUAGUGUUGAAAGGGCUCUCUGAAUUCUACUUAACAUAUUUUAGCAUUAGCUCACAUUUACGAUUGACAUCAGAGCUCUCUUCAACUUUGAUAGAGUAAAUACUGUUUCCAGACCUCUUUUUCUUGUCUGGUUAAUUGGUUUGGUUUGGUCUUGGUUUUUGUUUUUCAAGACAGGGUUUCUCUGGGUAGCAGCCUGGCCGUCCUGGAACUCACUCUGUAGACCAGGUUGGCCUCCAACUCACAGAGAUCCACCUGCCUCUGCCUCCCACCUGCUGGAAGCAAAGGCAUGCGCCACCAUACCUGGCAUGCAUCUGUAUUUUUAGAAAUAUUUGUUUCUUAUGUAACUAUUUAUUGCAUUAUCAUUUAACAUAACAAAGAGAAAGAUGUCCUUUUUUUCUAUUAAAUACAUAUGCAAAUCUGCCAGAUCAAACUGAAUUUUAAGGUUUUUGAAAAGGUUUGCUUUUCCAGUAUGAUGAAAGAAAGUCAAGGAGGGGCUGGACUGGAGCUCAGUCAUCUAUGUGCUUAGCAUACAUAAGGCCCUGGGCUCAGCACCCCAACAAAAGAGAACAAUAAAUCCAAGGAUGAUCAUACCUUCCCAAAUCCAAUGCCUCUUUCAAGGAUAAGGUCAAAAUUCGGAAAGACACACUGAAGUAUUUAUAUUUAUAUCAGACUGAAAAAGAAAUCAUCAAAUUUCCCCCUCUUUGAAAGGGUUCUGUCAUAUCCUUAGUUAUUUAGGAAGGAGCCAUGCCUGGUACAGUUACUUGUGGAUUGUAUCCAAUGUGUAUUUUAAACAGAUUUUGAUAUAGAAGGGAAUAGUAAGGUCAAAUGAGGAUGUAAACAUAGAAAAAAAAACCUGCUGCACUUGAGCCACAUGUAAAGAUACCCUGUGUUUGUUUGCUUUUAAUUAAUAUUUCUCCUUUUAAAUUAUAUUGUUUUCCUUUGUAUUAUUAACAAUGUAUGUCUGAACUGGAAUUUUUCUCCCCCUCCCCCACCUGAACAUAAUAUGAAACCUGAAGAGUAUUGUGAUAUUAAGCACUUUAACAUAUCGAAAAAACUGACAUGGAUUUUUCAGGUUUUGGAGUACAUUUAAAUAUGACUUUUCAUGCUUUGUUCUUUACAAAUAAAACUGGGGUUGAUACUU